AUGGGGGAAAUGAGCUUGGCAUCUCCAUCUAAGUCGUUUCGGCUUCGAAGUCCAAGUCUCAACUCACUCCGUCUCCGGCGAAUCUUUGACAUGUUUGACAAGAACGGUGAUUCGAUGAUAACGGUGGAAGAAAUUAACCAGGCCCUCAACCUUUUGGGAUUGGAAGCUGAGUUCAAAGACGUUGAAUCCAUGAUCAAGUCUUACAUAAAGCCAGACAUGGAAGGGCUAGCGUACGAAGAUUUCGUGGCAUUGCACGAAUCUUUAGGGGACACGUAUUUUGGGGUGGCUGAAGAAGUAGAUGAGGAUAUACAAAAUGAUGAUUUAUGGGAGGCUUUCAAGGUGUUUGAUGAAAAUGGUGAUGGUUACAUAUCAGCUAAGGAACUUCAAGUUGUGUUGGGGAAGCUUGGACUAGUGGAAGGAAACAUGAUUGAUAAUGUUCAACGAAUGAUUGUGUCUGUUGAUACCAACAAUGAUGGUCGUGUUGAUUUCAAUGAAUUUAAGGAAAUGAUGCAAAAGACUAUUGUCCCUUGUUCUUGA